AUGGGCGACCGCAUCAGUCUCGCGGUGCCGGCCGCGGCCAGCAUCAAGGCGAUUGAGGAUGCAAAGAAGGCACAGGCAUCGAUCUCGGCGCUGUGCGCGGAGACGGGGCAAGAGCUGCCACCAUACGAGCUCUCGGAGCUGAUCGGCAAGGGCAGCUUCGGGCGGGUGUACAAGGCGGUGGACAAGAAGAGCGAGCCAGAACGGGUGGUGGCGGUCAAGAUCAUCAACAUCGAGGAGGGCGACGCGCUGGGACCGGGCGGGGCGGUCGACACGUUUGGCGACAUCAUGAAGGAAGUCAACACGCUCAAGCUGCUGGGACAGGCGGGAGCACGCAACAUCAACGUGGUGUUGGACUCGCUUCUGGUGGGCCAGUCGGUAUGGAUCGUGACGGAACACUGUGCUGGCGGCAGCGUGUCGACGCUGAUGCGGCCGACCGGCUUCCUGAUGGAGCGCUGGAUCAUCCCGAUCCUGCGCGAGGUGGCCGAGGCCAUCUUCUGGGUGCACCGCCAGGGCAUCAUCCACCGCGACAUCAAGUGCGCCAACGUGCUGAUCACGGCGGCCGGUGGGAUCCAGCUGUGCGACUUUGGCGUGGCCGGCAUCGUCGAGUCCAAGUUCGACAAGCGCAAGACCGUCACCGGCACGCUGCACUGGAUGGCCCCCGAGCUAUUCAACCAGAACGUCUCCUACGGCACCGAAGUCGACAUCUGGGCUUUCGGCUCCAUGGCCUUUGAGGUCGCCUCGGGACUGCCGCCCAACGCCCGUGUGGCCAUCGACCCGUCCGAUUUUGGCUCCUACCUGGGUCAGCACAGCCCGCGCCUCGAGGGCAGCCAGUACUCGCGGGAGCUCAAGGACCUGGUGGCCUUUUGCCUGGUGGCCGAUCCGACCCAGCGCCCGUCCAUCGAACAGGUCCAGCGGCACCCCUACAUCGCCAACACCGCGGCCACAUACCCUACCGAGUCGCUGUCGACUCUGAUGGCCGCCUACCGCCUGUGGCAAUCACGGGGCGGUGGCCGCCUGUCGCUCUUCUCGGCCGGAGGCGCCCAGGGUGCAGCCAGUCUCGAGCCGAUCCAGCGGUCGCCCGACUGGGACUUUGACGAGGACUUUGACGAGGAUGCGGCCUGGUUCGCGCCCGACGACGCCGCCGAUGCCCAGACCGUCUAUGCUGCCUACGGGCCCUCAGUCGACGGCACGGCCACCGCAACCGCUGACGGCGAGACGGUUGAGUCGGCAACGCUCUCGCGACGUCGCCGUCGGCGGCCACCACCCAACAUCAAGCGGCUCGAGGUGCCGCUCGAAAAGAUCUUCAACCCCAACACGCUCACGAGCUACCAGGACAACGCGCGCGCCAUGUAUGGCCGUGUCGCCUUUAUGGCCUCGUCGCCCCAGACGACGUCCGACCUGCCGCUGCGCGAGGACGCCAAGUAUGCCGUGCGCGAGUCCCUCAUCGACCUCGACGCCUCGCUCGUGCCCAACGACGAGGAGACCAUCCGCGGGCCGCGGCGCUCCAGCGUCUCGCUCGACCUCACCCGCCGCCGCACCCAAGACUGGACCUUUCCGGCCGCCACCCCGCUGGCUUCGUCCACGUCCGACGGCGUGCCGGCCAUGCCGUCCUUUGACUGGACCAGCGACCAGGACUACGACCGUCCGCCCCGGUCUGCUCGUCUGACCCAGGAGUGGACCUUUCCCACGGCCGACGACCUGCCGCCACUGGACCUAGCCGGUGGAAACGGAAGCGGGAACGGAAACGGAAAUGCCACCCAGUUCGACAUACCGGCCUCGCCGACGAACCGCAACUCGACCGUGAGCCUGAUCGACCUCGACAUGAGCAUCGUUGACGACGAGCCGCGCCGACCGUCCACGGCGCUCUCGGAAGACACCGCGGCCGGCUCCGAGACCGAGGACACGCCCUUUGGCCUGGACUAUCCAUCUCGUGUCGUCGCCGCUGGCCGGGCGCCGUCCCGCGCCGACACCGACGUCGACCACUACCGCGAGCCGUCCAUGUACGUGCCCGACGGCAUCGGCUUUCUCGCUGCUGAGCCGCCGAGUGAGGACGACAACUAUGGCGGCGACGUCGAGGGCCACGGCCUCGGUUACGGCCGGAACCGUGACCGGAACCGUGACCGGAACCGAGACCGGAACCAAAAUCGAAGCCGGAGCCGUGGCCGCGGCCAGAGGGGCAGCAUGAUGAUCCCGCAGCUGGCCGAGGCUCCCGAGUUCUCGACCCCGCACAUGAUGGUGCCGCUACCGCUGGCGCCGAGACCGCCGUCGAGCCAGGUGCUCGAGGGCGUGGCCACGCGCGACGAUAUCAAGGACGAGCUGCUGCGGCUGCUCGACAGCUUCAGCACCCACCUACAGAUGGCCACGCAGACGCUCGAGCGGCUGCCCGUCCGGACCGCCCGACGGUCCGUCACCGAGAUGGACGUGACGCUUGCCGGAUGA